CAGCAGGGACACAGAAAUUGAACUCGGAUGAUAUUCCGACCCAGUCCAGGGAAGUGAUGUCUCCCGACUGAGCGAUGAUCUCCUGCAAGAGCCGACCGAGCGCAUUUUGUUUCGUCUCGCCGGAGAUGACGGGUAGGUGGAGGUCGAAAAUACCAAACAAUGAAUAGGCGAUAUCUUCCUUUCAUGUGGUGACACGCGUCGACGACCAUUGCAGUUUCUCUCGUGUACCUGAUAUGCCCAGAUGGAAGGCGACGAGGGCCUGUGCAUUUAUGCUUGUCGAAUCCUCCAACUCCUGCAUGACAGUGACAGACUUCUUGUGGUUGGGAGAGCGGUCGUUGAGGUAUAAUGUCCAGUCUGUAAUGAAACGAGCCUCCUUGGAAGCUAGAUCUGCAACAGCGCUGGCUGUCCGAUCUAUCCAACACUUGAAAGUUGUCGACCUUGUCGUCUCGCUCUACAAUCCUAGCCCUCAUUUGAUGUCAAAUGAUUGACAAUGAUUGAAAUACCUUCUGGUUGGCCAUGGCGUUUGAGCUUUAAUGAUGGACCUCAC